UAGCCUUCUGUUAGAGGUGUCAGCAAAGACAAAGAUAAAUAUGGAGAAUGAAUGGAAUAAGAUGAGGGAAAGUUCAAAUAAUAGCAUGGGAUAGUUGGUGCGAUUAGAGACUGUUAAAAAUGCAAAAAACCAUUUGCAAAACAUGCAAAAAAUCCUGUCAGUUUAAAUAAACUUGGGGAGGGAACCACAUAAUAAAGCAAAAUAUCUUCUUCAAUCACAUUCAGUCUCAGAAAGUAUGUUCUAUGUUGUUGUCUCCUCCUGAAUAUUUCUCUGCUGGUUUUUAGGUUUCUGUCCUCUACAUUGUACAUCAGUGGGAUCACUCUGCUGGAACAAGAUAAUGUCGUCUUCAACCCAUUGAAGGGAAGGGAAUAUUUGUUCAUACUUAUGAUGAUUUGACAUAACUAAUGUUUUAUUAACCAUGAUGGCAACACAGACAUUAAGUAUAGACAACUAUCAAGAUGGACAACAGAUGCAAGUAGUAACAGAGUUAAAAACUGAACAAGAUCCCAACUGCUCUGAAACUGAUGCAGAAGGGGUGAGUCCUACCCCUGUAGAAUCUCAAACUCCAAUGGAUGCAGACAAGCAGGCCAUUUACAGGCACCCACUAUUUCCCUUGUUAGCACUAUUAUUUGAAAAAUGUGAACAAUCUACACAAGGCUCAGAAGGCACAACUUCUGCUAGUUUUGAUGUAGAUAUUGAAAAUUUUGUACGGAAGCAGGAGAAAGAAGGAAAACCCUUUUUCUGUGAAGAUCCAGAAACUGAUAAUUUGAUGGUAAAAGCAAUCCAAGUUCUACGUAUCCAUCUGCUUGAGCUAGAAAAGGUUAAUGAACUCUGCAAGGAUUUCUGUAGUCGUUACAUUGCCUGCCUGAAGACAAAAAUGAACAGUGAAACUCUAUUAAGUGGAGAGCCUGGAAGUCCUUAUUCACCUGUGCAAUCUCAGCAAAUUCCAAGUGCCAUUGCAGGCACACUCAGUCCCCAAGGGAUUAUGGUGCCAGCAUCAGCAUUGCAGCAGGGAAAUGUAACUAUGGCAACAGUAGCAGGGGGGACAGUGUAUCAGCCAGUCACUGUGGUCACUCCACAAGGUCAAGUGGUGACACAGGCACUGUCACCUGGGACUAUUCGGAUCCAGAACUCUCAGCUUCAGUUGCAAUUAAACCAAGAUCUAGGCAUCUUGCAUCAAGAUGAUGGCUCAUCGAAAAAUAAAAGAGGAGUUCUUCCCAAGCACGCUACAAAUGUGAUGAGAUCUUGGCUUUUUCAGCACAUAGGGCACCCAUAUCCAACAGAGGAUGAGAAGAAACAGAUUGCAGCACAAACAAAUCUGACACUACUCCAGGUUAACAAUUGGUUUAUCAAUGCUAGAAGGCGAAUUCUUCAGCCAAUGCUGGAUUCCAGUUGUUCUGAAACUCCAAAAACAAAGAAGAAAACAGCUCAGAACCGACCGGUUCAGAGGUUCUGGCCUGACUCCAUUGCCUCAGGAGUUGCUCAGCAGCAAUCUAAUGAGCUCACGAUGUCAGAUGGUGCUGUUGUAACAAUUACAGCUCCAGUCAACAUGAAUGUAGACAGUCUCCAGUCUUUGUCAUCCGAUGGUGCUACUUUGGCUGUUCAGCAAGUUAUGAUGGCAGGGCAAAGUGAGGAUGAGUCUGUAGACAGCGGUGAAGAUGAUGGAGGAGAUCUCUCAACAACAAAUAUCAGUGGGCUGGUCUUGGAUAACAGCGAUUCUCUGCAGUAGGAAGCAAGAGAGUGUGACAAAAUGUUUAGGAAAAAGAAUGGACUGACUGACUGUUUUUAUAGUUUGCACAGCAAACAUUUUACACAAGUUUUAUUUCUAAUAUGUUUUAUAUGUAGAUAUAGAAGGGUGCACUUUUUUGUAUUUCAUAGUAAGCUUAAAGAGUGUUUUUGCAGGUGCAGCAACUUCUUUCAAAUGUGUUUUUUCAUUUCUUUUCCUUAUUUCAGAAAAUUAUAUCUAGUAAUAUAAAGAACCACAUAAGCACCCCUUUGUUCUAUGAAUUGGAAGUGCUGCAGUUUCUAAAGAAUUAUGCAGUUUCAAUUAGUGCUGUUAUUUAACACAGCUCUUGAUGGGCAGAUGAUGUAAAUUUAAAGCAUGUGACACUAGCGUGUGAAACUUGAUCAUUAAGUUAGAUGCAUAUAUUUGAAAGAUGCUUCUGCACCUUAAAAACUGCUAGUCUGAGGUGGACAGCAACACACAUAAAAAGAAAACGUUGAUGUGUGAUUCAGUAGCGAAUGUAUGGCAAUUUAAAUAAGUUUAGUUUCUCUCAUAGUCCGUGAGCCUGUUUAUCAUUUGCUAUAAAAGCUCCUAUUUUUACCUUGCUGGGGUUAUUGGAUAAAAAAUAUUUUUAUAAAUUCACUAGGAAUUGGGAUGACAACUGUAUGAAACAGGAGGGGGAAAAAAAAAAAAAAAAGAGUUUCCAGAGGGGAAAAAUAAAUAUUUAGUAUUCCUAUUUGGAAGGUCUGAAAACUGACCAAAUUUAAUAAACAAGCCUACACUAGCAUUCUAUGAUUCUCAGCUAUCCCACAGUGAUACACUAUAUUUGAUAAUAGCAUAAGAAGGGCCCACUGUUUGAUGGGAUUUUGAUAUUGUCAAACAUUGAUUUAUAUUAUGUGUAAACUAAUAUUCAAAUUACAUUAACUCUGUAUCUAGACUUGUAUCUGAAGAUAUUUGCUAAAUGAGUAUUCAGGUAAGUAAAUUCAAAUACCCAUGACUUUUCCAGUUAUUAGAGAAAUUUAACAGUCUAUAGUUUGUACAACUGAAUCUGAAAAAUGAAAAGUUGCCUACUAUACAGUCAUGAAUUCUGCUAUCACUCUGCUAUUUUAUUGCAUUUUAAAUAUUUUCCCCUAAUACAAAAAGAAAUAUAACUUAAGGGUUUAUAUAAAAUUUCUUCAAAUCUGAAGGUUACUACCCUAAUAUACAGCAGGCUUUAUUAGAGUAGAAAAUCCUUGUGUGUCAUUUAAAAACUAAGAGCUAGUGAUGAA